CUACCUCCGAUCACGAAAAUAAUAAAUCUUUCGCUUGAUUCUGGUUAUUUUCCACGCACCUGGAAAAGUGCUCUAGUAAGGCCGCUGUUGAAGAAGGAUGGAUUACCUCUUGUUUUUAAGAACUACAGACCCGUGAGUAAUUUGGCAUUUAUCUCAAAGCUGGUUGAGACUGUUGUUGCCAAGCAGCUACAGCAUUAUCUGAAUGGCAACAAUCUGUUCCCAGUGUUUCAAUCCGCCUAUCGACAGAACCACAGCACAGAAACUGCACUCCUUAAGGUUAUGAAUGAUAUUCUCCUUAACAUGAACAGUCAACGUGUUACUCUGCUUAUUCUGCUCGAUUUAAGUGCUGCCUUCGACACAGUUGAUCACGACACCAUGCUACGUCGACUUGAGUCAUCAUUUGGUAUACAUGGGAAAGCCCUCUCCUGGUUUACGUCCUAUUUGUCUGGUAGAACUCAACGGAUAAUGAUUAACGAUUCGCUGUCGGAACCUUUUAAAUUAGAAUGCGGUGUGCCUCAAGGUUCCUGUCUGGGUCCGUUAUUGUUUUCGUUGUAUACGAGCAAGCUUUUUUGAGAUCAUUGAAUAUCAUUUGCCCACGAUUCAUUGUUACGCUGACGACUCUCAAGUUUACAUCUCAUUCAGUCCCAACGACAGAGCUGAGCAACUUGCUGUAGUGAGGAGUAUGGAGGACUGCAUCAGAGACAUUCGUCUUUGGAUGUUGAAUAAUGAUCUUAAAUUAAAUGACGACAAGACUGAAUUCCUUAUCAUUGGCACAUCACAACAGCUGGGAAAGCUCGACAAUAUCAGUAUACGUGUGGGCGACUCAGACAUACAUCCCGUGCCAAUUGCGAGAAAUCUUGGUUCCUGGUUUGAUUCAAGGCUCUCCAUGGCAACACACAUCACGAAAAUUUGUGCCUCUUCAUUUUACUACAUUUAUAAUAUUCGUCGGAUCAGAAAGUACCUUUCACAGCAGUCAACGGAAACUCUUGUCCAUGCAUUUAUAACGAGCCGCCUGGACUAUUGCAAUGGCCUAUUAUAUGGACUACCGGACUGCUUGUUGAAUAAGCUGCAACGAGUACAGAAUGCUUGUGCCAGAUUGAUUCUUAAAGAACAGAGAUUUUGUCAUAUUACGCCCUUAAUUUUUAAGUUACACUGGUUACCAAUUAGAUAUAGAAUUGAGUUUAAAAUAUUGUUAAUUACUUUUAAGAUUCUUAAUUUUUUAGCCCCUUCUUAUCUAUCCUCUCUUAUUUCCCUUAGACCCCCCUCCAAAUAUAAUUUAAGAAAUUCCAGUGAUAAGCUUUUACUUAGCCAUCCAUCAUUUAAAUCGAAAGCUACACUGGGUGACCGUUCUUUUACCUGUGCUGCUCCGAAACUAUGGAACGAACUACCGCUGGAUAUUAGGAGCGCAAGAACAGUAAAUAUUUUUAAAGCUAAACUGAAGACUCACCUUUUUCGUAGUGCAUUUCUAUAG